AUGCGUCGCUUGCUGGAGCUGUUCUCGGGGACUGGGUCAAUGGGCAGAGCCUUCGAGGAGCUGGCGUGGGAAGUCACCUCGCUUGACGUCGACCCCAACGCCUGCCCCACCAUCGUGGCGGACAUUUGCGCCUGGGAGCCGCUGCCCAAGUUCGCUCCAGGCCACUUUGACAUGAUCUGGGCUUCCCCCGUUUGCACCGAAUACAGCAGGGUCCUGACGCGCAGGCCCAGGCGCCUCGAGGAGGGCGACCGCCUGGUGCAGCGAACUCUGCAGAUCAUCCAGGAGCUCCUUCCUCGCUUCUGGGCCUUGGAGAAUCCUGCCACCGGGCUCCUGAAGCUCCGCCCCUUCAUGGCGGGCCUGCCCUGGCAGGACGUCAGCUACUGCACCCACGGCUACCCUAACCGCAAGCUCACCAGGAUCUGGGGCAACUUGGACUGGGUGCCCGAGCGACCGGUUUGCGGCGUUGGCGGCUUUCGCUGCGAGCACCCUGAGGUGGCGCAGAGGGGAACUUUCCGCCGCAAGGGCGAGAUCGUGCAGAACUGCCACACCAAGGGCCAGCUGCACAGCAUCCCGCCAGCCUUGUGCCGGGAGAUAGCCUCUGUUGUGAACGCGCGCGCGGAGCUUGCUUUGCAGUCGCUUGCAGACGCCCCACAGCACGGCGGUGAGCUUGCCGUAGUCCAGAGUCAGAAGCUGCUCCUGCUCCCGCUGCGUGGUGCCAGUGAUGCCGGUGCCCUCAAAAUCUUGGGCGAUGAAGCCCAGGCGGUCCUUGAGAUCGGCGUCCACGCGGUCGCACCGCUUGGGAGCCACGCCGUCGAAGAUGGCCUGCAGUUCCUCCAGGUCGGCGUCCCUGACGUUCUGCUUGAUCCUGGCGUCG